AUGUUGGGGGAGAAUCGACGCGACGAGAUACCGCGAUGGGCGCUGCUGCGAGGGAAAUGGAGAGGGAAAUUCGUGCCACAUUCCGGUUUGAUGUGUGGAGAGAUGGACCGUUUCCGCUGCGACCUGAAAAUACGCAACGGUCUGACACCGUUGUAUUUCACGACGCUAACCUCGCUGGCUGGUCGACAGUUGUCCGUAAUCGUUCCUCAUUGCGAUCAGGUUCUGUUCUGUUUGUGCGUCAGCAUUCAAUGGGCGAACGCGGUCGCGGUGUGCACUUGCUGGUACCACUUCACCGGUAUGUCUGCAUCGGACCAGCACGAGACCGGGUUGGACAUGACACCGAUGAUGUGCUUCCAGCCGUCGGGUCGUUUCAUGUUAGCCACAUGGUUCAGUUGGCCAGCGGCCAUCGAAGAAGAUGACCGGCCAGGAACCGGCGGCGAAGCCUCGGCGGCUUCGGUGCAGAGUCGACAACAAGUGAAAAACAAAUUCGCCCGCCGCCGAUCGCAGCUCGUACCGUCAAGACGACGACGACGAGUCACGCCGUUCCUCCGACGCUUCUUUGAGCACUCGGUCCUCGAAAGCGCGCGCCGGCGAACUCCUUGCUUCCACCUGCGACUCACACUCACCUCACCGGUGGAACCGCGGGCACACGGACGCCAGGUUCGAGUUUUGUUGUUGACCAACGUGACCGAACUGUCUCGGUCCUAG